UUUUUGUUUGACAGUUGAAUGUAUGGAAUGAAUGAAACAAAUAAUAUUGACAUUCAUUGCCAAAGAGGAAGCAAAACAACAAACAAACGGAUCAAAUGACAGCACCGGUCGUUAAAUAAUAGACAGUAUUGUCAUUCAAUAUAGAGAUUACAGUUUAUAAGUAAUCUGAGACUAUAUAUUGGUUACUAAUUUGUUGGUCUAAACGCCAAUUGUUUUAACCGAUAAAUAUCUGCCAAAUAAAAGAUAAUUUAGCGGACAAUAUGACGACAAUGGAGUUCUUCGGCUGCACUCUCAUAGCUUUUGGUCCACCAUUUGCUAUGUUUUGUCUGUUGAUAGCCAAAGACCCCAUAAGAAUCAUUAUAAUGAUCUCAGCUGCAUUCUUCUGGUUAAUGUCACUGUUAUUAUCGUCAAUAUUGUGGACAGUUGUGGUGCCUCUCAAAGAUUACUUGUCAUUUGGUGUCACCUUUUCUAUACUGUUUCAAGAAUUGUUUCGUUAUAUCUUUUAUCGAGUGCUCCGUAAAGCAGAACCGGGUCUUUCAAAGGUGUCGGAAGUGGGCACUCCUUCUGGCAGUACGUCGACUAACAAUAGGACUCAAUUAGCUUUUGUUUCGGGUCUGGGCUUUGGUAUAAUGUCUGGCGCUUUUUCUGUGACCAACAUACUGGCCGAUAGUAUAGGUCCGGGAACUGUUGGUAUUUAUGGUGAUUCCCAAUAUUUCUUUCUGUGCUCAUCAUUCACAACACUUGCAUUCAUAUUAUUGCAUACACUAUGGGGUGUCAUAUUUUCUAAGGCCUGUGACAAUCGUAAUUAUGUUUUAAUCGCUUACGUGUUGGCCACACAUUUCAUUGUAUCCGCAAUCACAUUUAUGAACCAAAAUCAAUGGUAUCUGAUAUCUAUACCAUUGAUAUAUACAGUGACAGCCCUGACAACAGUGUUGGCAUUCCAUUGCGCCGGCGGUUCCAUCGGUAGUCUUAAGAGAGCCUUUAGUCGACAAUAGUUAGUAUUGUUAUGUUAGACAACUUUAUUACCGGUAAUAUUAUGUAUAGUUUUCAUAAACUACUGUAUAUAUUAAUUUAAUUUUUC